UCAAAAUAUCUUACACACCAACACCUACCUCACACUCACCCGUGAGAUGAGAUAUUAACAAGAAAGAAAGAAAAAAAAAAAGUCUUAAACAUAUCUCUUACCAUUUUAGGGUUUUCAAAGGCCAGCCAACAAAAUCUAUCAGAAAUUUACAUACUUUUUGAUUUGUUAGUUUUACAAGUUGGGUUCUUGAUAUAUAACUAAGUUUGAUUUGGGUUUUGAAAGAAAUGGGAUUUAAUUGCGAUUAUUGCCGUGAGGCAAGAUCAAUGGUGUAUUGUAGAUCAGAUGAAGCUUACUUGUGUUUAUCGUGUGAUCGUAAUAUUCAUUCUGCAAACGCGUUAUCUAAAAGACAUUCAAGAACACUUGUAUGCGAUAAAUGCAAUUCACAACCAGCAUUUGUUAGAUGUGUUGAGGAAAAACUGUCACUUUGUCAGAAUUGUGAUUGGGAGUGUCACAAUGGGUCUAAUUCAGAUUCCAGUUCGCAUAGUCGACAAACAUUGAAUUGCUACUCUGGCUGCCCAUCUGCAGCUGAAUUAUCUUCAAUAUGGUCUUUUAUGUCUGAUUCUGGUAUAGAUUCCACUUGUGAGCAGGAAAUGGGGUUAAUGAGCAUCGUGGACUCCAAAAAUGAUCAAGCUUUGCCGGUGGCAAUUGGAGAUAAUGAUUUGCAAAAACAAGCUGAUCCAAAAGAUUUGUCUAUGUUGAAGAUGUCAUCUACUAAAGGGAGUGAACUGUUCAUGGAUGAUGGGUUCUAUGAUGACUUCAAUAUGGAUGAGGUUGACUCAAGCAUUGAGAAAUAUGAGGUUCUGUUUGGUGAUGGGCAUAAUGACCCGGAACAUCUUUUUGCAAAAGAUGGGAUCGAUAGCUUAUUUGGUACUAAAGAAAUGUGUGCUGCUGAAUCCAUUUGUCACGGUGCAUAUGCUGCCAAGGAGUCUUCGACUGGACAUGGACAUGGAAUACAACCCGCUUGCAGUAAUGGAGCAUCGGCUGAUUCUCUAAGGAGCUGUAAAACUGAACCAAACCCUUGUUAUGGGAGACAACUCUCUAAUAUAUCAUUUUCAAGUCUUACUGGGGAGAGUACUGCUGCUGAUUAUCAAGACUGUGGAGCUUCAUCUAUGCUUCUCAUGGGUGAGCCACCCUGGAGCACCCCAGCUCAUGAUAGCACCACUCCUGCAGGUAUCAGGAACGAUGCAGUCCUUCGUUAUAAGGAAAAAAAGAAGAACCGCAAAUUCGACAAGAGAGUAAGGUAUGCUACACGAAAGGCAAGAGCAGAUGUAAGAAAGCGUGUGAAAGGGCGUUUUGUAAAGGCUGGUGAUGCUUAUGAUUAUGAUCCCAUGAGUCAAACCAGAAGCUACUAAGAGUAUAUACAUUUUCUUGAUCAUAUGCCUAAGGAAAGUUAUGAUAUCAUAUAAUAUCUAAUCUUAAAAAGAUUACUUCCUAAAGCAAUGAUAUCAUACAUUUCUUGAUCAUAUCCCUGUGUCUCAGGAUAUUUUCAUGUUGUCAGCUGGAUUGAAGACAGUAGAGCGUGUAUUUCACCAACUGACCAACGGGAAAUAAAGACUUCGCAUCAAGGAUCGGAUCUUGACAUGAUGUGCCAAACGAACAGGACUAACCACCGGAGCAAAAAUGCAUUAAUCUGCUCCCAUUCUUACAAAUCAUAUCACUGGUUAAAUCUUGGUAUUAUGAACAAGAAACCUACUUGGCAUGUCCAGAGAUGAUGAUCCUUGUGAUAUUGCAUGUAGUUAUUGAUGUAUGUCAUAAGCAACACAACAGGUGAUGAUGGAGAACAUAAUUUUUUAUAAUAAUUUGGUAUGUACAAAAAGGAGAUAUCUUUGUAAACGUUGCGUAAACUAGGAUUUGAUUGCAACGUUUUUUGUAGUUCGUCUGGAUUAUAUGUUAUGCAUCCAGCAUCUUGUAGCGUUUUUUAGAUGGUUCAACUUUUCUGUACAUUUUGCUGUUCAUUUUUUUA